AUGAAAAAAUCAGCUUUUCUCCUUCUAUUGACAUUCACUUGGUUUUUUCUCAUUUCACACACAACUUGUGAAAGAAAGAAUGCUUUAGACUUGGUUACUACAACUUCUCCACUUCUUACACAAGUUAAAACCGGAGAUUCUGUGGUUGGAGUAAGAACAUUUCUAAUACUAUUCGUGUGGAAAAGUAAAUUUUCUAAUGAAACUUUGACUAAACUAAUCACCACAAAUAAUAACGAUUCUAGACGAAAGUAUUUGAUAGAAUCGGUCAAGGAGAAGGGUUUAACCAUCGGCCCUAUUCCAGAUUUUUAUGAUUACUUGGCAAGAUUUUUCACCUGUGUAAAUCUGUCACUUUCUGUCGGGUCAUCAAAUAGUUUAGAUUCUUCCAGCUACUUUCCUAUUUAUCCACAGGUGGACAUGUGUCAGAGAAGAAAUUACUUUGCAAAAUAUGAUGCCAUCUUGUUGGAUCCCUAUUACUUUUCGUUUUAUCUGAGAUUUUAUCGCGAUGUUGACAUGGCAUCUGGCAUCUACAUGAACACUGCCGACUUUGUUGCGAUACCUCUCAUCCCGUAUGAAGUCUACACACAAUCUACUACCAAUACAGUUAGUUGCUAA